AUGUACAAUAAUCUCUUAUAUAAUAUUGUUUAUAAACGAAUGAUAAUAUUAGGACAUUAUAUAUUAUUAUUAUCAUCAUCAUCAUUAUCUAUGAGAUUUGAAAAUUCCGCCAUCUUAUUAAUUCAACAGUUUCAAUGUUAUAUUCAUUUACACAUUGAAUUAUUCUUAAAAAAAUUCUAUAAUCAUUUAAAUAUAAAAUUUUUAAUUAUUUUAUUAAUGAUUAUAAUUAAAAAUCAAUUAAAAUAUGAUUUAUUUCAUUCAAUGAAUUUAAUAGUUGAUGCAUCUCUCUUAACACCAACAGCAACAGCAACAGCAACACCAUCACCAACGGCAACAACACCAACAGCACCAACAACAAUUAAUACAUUUAAACAAUAUUAUCAUAAACCAUUAAGAUAUUAUUUACAAUUAUCUAAUGAACAUAAACAAUCACUUAAAUCAUAUUUAUAUCAUUCAAAUUAUUGGUUAACAAAACAAAUAAAUAAUCCAUUUUUAUCAAAUUUUAUUACAAAUGAUCCAAAUGUUAAUUUUUAUAAUAAUAAUAAUAAUAAUAAUAAUAAUAAUAAUGAAAAUAAUAAAAAUUCACAAUAUAAUAAUGAAAAAAUACAAUUGAUAAUUGAAAAAUUUAAAAAUAAAAUUUUACAACAAUUAAAUAUGAAAACAAUACCAAAAAUUAAUGUGAAUAAUGAAUCUGAAUGGAAUUCAUUACCAAUAAUAUUACGUAAUCGUUUAAAAACUGAAAUUGAUAUAAAUAAUCAAUUGAUUGAUAAACCAAUUAGACAAGAUGAAGAAAAAGAAACAUUGAUUUUAUUAAAACAAUACCAACCUCCAGUGAAACUGCCCAAUCCAAAUAUAUUUACAUUAAAAGUAGCCGAAGAAAUUGAUCCAACUCAUAUAAGCCGAGUUACUCUUCAUGUUGAGAUCAAUGGUGAAAUUCGUCCAAAUUCAAUAUUCACUUUAUGGGAAAUUUAUCCUACAUUAUUUAAACCAAAUUUUUUAUGGCUUAAUGAUAUUAAUGAUGAUGAUGAUAAUAAUAAUAAUAAUAACGAGAAUGAUGAUUUAACAGCUGAAUCAUUACCACAAAUUGAUAUCAAUGAUUAUAAUGAAAUGGAAAAUGAUCAAAAAUUUCAAUCAUUCAAUUUAUUCAAUGAUCCAUAUAGAUUAUCUAUGAAUGAUUUUCAUAGAAUGUUUAAAUUAAUUAAACCAGAAAUAGCUAAAACUAUGCUACCUGAAAAUCAUUUAACAUCUAUGAUAACAUUAAAUAUUACAAAUCGUAUGAUUCAAUGGUUAAAAUAUAAUAAUAUAAAAAUUCAAGCUUAUAAACCAUUAAUAAGAUAUUUAAUGAUUAUGUGUAAUGAUUGUGAUAAUGAACAAAAUAUUAUUGAUCCAAAAAAGGUCGUUAUGGAAAUUAAAUAUCGUCCACGUUUAAAAAGACAGAGGCGUUCAUUAACUAAAGGAGAUGAGACAAUAUACAAUGUAUGUCGUUCUAAUGGACACCAUUAUAGUUGUUGUACACAACCAUUAUCUGUUAAAUUUUCUGAUAUUGGUUGGGAUAAUUGGAUUAUACACCCGAAAAGUUUUGAACCGAAUUAUUGUCGAGGAUCCUGCAAAGUCACAUCAACAAAAAGUCUACACUAUGAUGUUAUGGAUUUAUUAUUACGUAAAAAUUUAUCACAAUUUGGAAAUAUUCAACGUGAUGAUGUACAAUCUUGUUGUCAUCCAACACAAUUAACUAGUAUGUCUGUUUUAUAUUUAGAUUCAAAUCGUGAAUUACAAAUGCAUACAUUACAUAAUUUAAUUGUUUUAGGAUGUGCUUGUAGUUAA